AUGGACUUACUACUAAUACAACUUGUUAUCUGUUUCCUCACACUCCUCACCCAUGCAGUGUUAGACGAGCAGCAGGUCGACCUCAGUUAUGAGUAUUUCAAGCUUGCUGGUCGCUCUGGGGUGCCAGCCAUGCAUGCAGCAGUAUUACCGCCUGAUGGCAAAGUGAUUUUCCUCGACAAGGUAGAGGACUAUUCCGAACUCCAGCUGCCGAACCACCGCUAUGCAUACUCUUCCCUAUACGAUCCGAACACUCACGAAUUGACUCCUCUAUCAGUCACGACAAAUCCUUUCUGCUGUGGAGGCACCUUCUUACCUGACGGAAGACUAGUUACACUGGGAGGCAAUGGACCGCUACUUUGGCUCGAUCCAACUGUUGACGAUGGCUUUGAUGCAAUCCGGUAUAUCGAAUGUCAUGGCGGAGAGUAUGAAUGGGAAGAGCCCGGACACAAAUUGGCUUCCAAGAGGUGGUAUGCCUCGGCCCAGACGAUGGCAGAUGGAAGGAUAUUUGUUGCGGCGGGAAGCCUGAAUGGUUUGAGUCCGACAAAUAUCAGCAACAAUAAUCCGACGUACGAGAUGCUUGAUGUCAGUGGCCUCAGCCAGGGCGACAACAUCCCGAUGGAGAUUCUUGUCCGGAACCAGCCGUACUAG